AUGAGUGGAACGUGCUGUUCCACGGAACAGAUUUUGGAUGAUUUUUUGUUCCACACCCCCACCAUGGAACGGGUUGUUCCACCCGUUUCUCUUCACCUCUGCAUCCCUUUUCCCUUCGCAACCUUCCUGCUCAUCUUCAUCCCUUUCCCCUUCGCAACCUUCCUGCUCAUCUGCCGCCAAACCCUAACCACAAAACCCGCCUCCACUGCCUCCGACUUCGUCCGCACCCUUUCCACCGCCGCCGCCGUCGCCGAAACCUACGACGACCCAGAUGGAGUUUCAAUGAAGGGAAUCAGGAAGAACCUUGAUAUGGUUGUGGUGAAUGGUAGCGAGGAGAGACGUUACCCCGGAAAUUUGAGUCUUUCGUUUGCUUAUGUGGAAGGGGAGAGCUUGUUGAUGGGGUUGAAGGAAGUGGCGGUGUCGAGUGGGAGUGCCUGUACCAGUGCGAGUUUGGAGCCCUCAUACGUGUUGAGGGCUUUGGGGGUGGAUGAGGACAUGGCUCAUACUUCUAUUCGGUUUGGGAUUGGGCGGUUCACAACGGAGGAGGAGAUUGACCGGGCGGUUCAGCUGACGGUGCAGCAGGUGAAGAAGUUGAGGGAGUUGAGCCCGCUUUAUGAGAUGGUGAAAGAAGGGAUUGAUAUCAAGAGUAUUCAGUGGUCUCAGCAUUAAGGAAUUUGGUAGAGGAACUGGGUGAAG